CCUCUCACUGCAGCUUCUGUCUCAGGCCUUCUCCCAGCAGAGCUAUAAAUCCAGGCUCACUCCUCACUCUCCACACAUCCACACCUGCUCUCCCUCCUCCAGGUGCCCCAGCCAUGAGGACCCUCGCCAUCCUUGCUGCCAUUCUCCUAGUGGCCCUGCAGGCCCAGGCUGAGUCACUCCAGGAAAGAGCUGAUGAGGCUGCAACCCAGGAGCAGCCUGGGGAAGACGACCAGGACCUUGCUGUCUCCUUUGAAGAAAAUGGACUCUCUACUCCUAGAGCCUCAGGU